UCGCCAGCCUGACUGUACCGAGAUAGUGAACCGGUUACAGGACCGAAAGUCGGAGACACUCUAACCGGCACAGAAGGGCGACAAAAAGCGACAGAAAAGCCCCGCUUUCGGUCCAGAGGGCUGCGUUUUUAUACGCGGACAUCGUUCAUCCUGUUAGCCGCUUAGCCUGUCGCUUUGCGGGAGUUUAAAGGGUUUGAAGCGCCCUCGAGUCGCAGCCAGAGACCAGCUCCUCGGUUACAAGCAGCAAAAAAGAAAAACGCUUUAUUACUCCUGGGAGUUUUUCACGAGGGUGUGUUGACUCGUCACCUGGGAGUAAUUACGGAGCUCCGGCGAGCGAGAGAAGGUGGUGGAGUGGAGUGGAGCGGAGCGGAGCGGAGCAUAGACACAGCUGUUAGUCAGCCUGUCUGUGUCGUUACCCGUCGAGUAGACGAGCUGCUGUGCUAACCGAAUGAGGCUCGGGCCGAGCUGACCCGCAGCUCCGUCAGCCGCAGCAGUGAGAGAGAGAGAGAGACGGGCCAGAGCGGUCCGGGAAAGGACGGUUAGCCGUUAGCCGACCCGUCGGCAGCGUCUCCGGAGAGGAGAACCACCCGCCACCACCAUCCCCCGAGAGCCGGUGCUCCAGCUGUAGGAAGCCGGCUGACUGGACUCCGGGCAGAGACCUCAUGAAUGGAAAUCAGUACUACAGGAGCCGUUGGGGCUGCGCCCCUGUUCUCCGUGCCACGGAGGCCUGGCUAUGGCACCAUGGGGAAGCCCAUCAAGCUGCUGGCCAACUGCUUCCAGGUGGACAUCCCCAAGAUGGAUGUCUACCUGUACGAGGUGAACAUCAAGCCUGAAAGAUGCCCUCGCCGUGUCAACAGGGAAGUGGUGGACUCCAUGGUGCAGCAUUUUAAGGUGACCAUCUUCGGGGACAGAAGGCCAGUCUAUGAUGGCAAGAGGAGCCUGUACACAGCACAUCCCCUGCCAGUGGCUACAGCAGGGGUAGAUCUAGAUGUGACUUUGCCUGGCGAGGGUGGUAAGGACCGGCCCUUUAAAGUCUCCAUCAAGUUUGUGUCACUAGUCAGCUGGCAUAUGUUGCACGAAGUACUAACAGGACGGAGCAUGCCUGAGCCUCUAGACCUGGACAAGCCAAUCAGCACUAACCCUGUCCAUGCUGUAGAUGUGGUCCUACGCCACCUGCCAUCCAUGAGGUACACCCCAGUGGGGCGGUCUUUCUUCUCCUCUCCUGAAGGUUAUGAUCACCCACUGGGUGGGGGCAGGGAGGUGUGGUUUGGGUUCCACCAGUCAGUGCGACCAGCUAUGUGGAAAAUGAUGCUGAAUAUAGAUGUGUCUGCUACGGCCUUCUACAAAGCCCAGCCGGUGAUCCAGUUCAUGUGUGAGGUUCUCGACAUCCACAACAUCGAUGAGCAGCCCCGUCCCCUUACAGACUCCCACAGAGUAAAAUUCACCAAAGAAAUCAAAGGUCUGAAGGUGGAGGUGACCCACUGUGGCACCAUGAGGCGGAAGUAUAGAGUGUGUAACGUCACUCGCCGGCCUGCCAGCCAUCAAACGUUUCCUCUGCAACUGGAGAAUGGACAGACCGUUGAGAGAACAGUGGCACAGUACUUCCGAGAGAAAUACAACCUGCAGCUCAAAUAUCCCCAUCUGCCCUGCCUCCAGGUGGGCCAGGAGCAAAAGCACACCUAUCUGCCCCUGGAGGUGUGUAAUAUUGUAGCUGGGCAACGGUGCAUAAAGAAACUGACAGACAACCAGACCUCCACCAUGAUCAAAGCUACAGCUCGUUCAGCGCCAGACAGGCAAGAGGAGAUCAGCAGACUGGUGCGCAGUGCAAACUACGAGGCCGACCCGUUCGUGCAGGAAUUCCAGUUCCGUGUGCGGGACGAGAUGGCGGAGGUGACGGGCCGCGUCCUGCCCGCCCCCAUGCUGCAGUACGGCGGCAGGGUGAGCUCUGAACACUUUCUGAAUCGUACAGUAGCCACCCCAAGCCAUGGAGUAUGGGACAUGAGAGGAAAGCAGUUCCAUACUGGUGUAGAAAUCAAAAUGUGGGCCAUCGCCUGCUUCGCCACCCAGAGACAGUGCCGAGAGGAGAUCCUCAAGAGCUUCACAGACCAGCUGCGAAAGAUCUCGAAAGACGCAGGCAUGCCCAUCCAGGGCCAGCCAUGCUUCUGCAAGUACGCUCAGGGAGCAGACAGCGUGGAGCCCAUGUUUAGACACCUGAAGAACACCUACGCUGGACUGCAACUCAUCAUCGUCAUCCUGCCUGGGAAAACUCCUGUCUACGCGGAGGUGAAGCGUGUUGGAGACACUCUUCUAGGAAUGGCCACUCAGUGUGUGCAGGUGAAGAAUGUGGUGAAGACUUCUCCACAGACUCUCUCCAACCUCUGCCUCAAGAUCAACGUUAAACUAGGCGGCAUCAACAACAUCCUUGUCCCACAUCAACGUCCUUCGGUGUUCCAGCAGCCAGUUAUCUUCCUCGGUGCUGAUGUCACUCACCCGCCAGCAGGAGACGGCAAGAAACCCUCAAUUGCUGCAGUGGUGGGGAGUAUGGAUGCCCACCCAAGCCGGUACUGUGCCACAGUGCGGGUCCAGAGGCCCAGGCAGGAGAUCAUCCAGGACUUGGCCUCUAUGGUUAGAGAGCUGCUCAUCCAGUUCUACAAAUCCACCCGCUACAAACCCACCCGACUCAUCUUCUACAGGGAUGGCGUGUCUGAGGGACAAUUCCGCCAGGUGCUGUACUAUGAGCUGCUGGCUAUUCGUGAGGCCUGUAUCAGUCUUGAGAGAGAGUAUCAACCUGGCAUCACCUACAUCGUUGUCCAGAAACGCCACCACACACGGCUUUUCUGUGCUGACCGUAAUGAGAGGGUUGGGCGAAGUGGUAACAUUCCUGCUGGUACCACUGUGGACACAGAUAUCACCCAUCCAUACGAGUUUGACUUUUACCUCUGCAGUCAUGCUGGAAUACAGGGCACAAGCCGGCCUUCGCACUACCAUGUGCUAUGGGACGACAACGGCUUCACAGCUGACGAGUUUCAGCUGCUAACCUACCAGCUGUGCCACACUUAUGUGCGCUGCACCCGCUCCGUGUCCAUCCCGGCACCAGCCUAUUACGCCCACCUGGUUGCCUUCCGAGCCCGCUACCACCUGGUGGACAAGGAGCAUGACAGUGCGGAGGGAAGUCAUGUAUCUGGGCAGAGUAAUGGUCGGGAUCCCCAGGCUCUGGCCAAGGCUGUGCAGAUUCACCACGACACCCUGAGGACCAUGUACUUCGCCUAACUCCACCUCCUCCUCGCUAACACUCACCUGUCAGUCACUUGGCAUCAUGCACUGGAGCUGGAGAAUGCUCCUCCCAGUCGCACCGGCAACCAACCACAGGCUGCCCUGCUGCUAAAACGAACCAAACGUAACUAAAACCAAUGGGAGGGGUGGGAUUAACACUGUUAUGCAAUGGAAUAGAAAAAAAAAA